GCCGAUAGCUCAAGUGGAAAUAAAAAAAUAAAAAUAUCUUCAUAUUCUCACAGUAUACUUAGUCGGUAAAGUUAAGUCCUAGCGCAAACACAUUACAGGACAGUCAUAAUUGUAGCUUUAAAAUGUUCUUAAAAUUCUUCAUUUUUUCUCUUGCUUUGUGGCAAGUAUCAGCUUUACAAGGUGGAACUAAUGCAGCUAUUGGUGCUUACCCAAGUUUUGUAGCUGUUUUUGUGCCAACAGGAACAGCAAUUUGUGGUGGUGCUGUGCUAAAUUUAAAUCAUGUCUUGACACUUUCAAGUUGCUUGUUGAGUUCCACAAAUCAAUUAUUAUUUGCUAAUCAAGUCACAGUCAUGAGCGGACAUAACCAAAUUGACUUUAAUCGUGCAAGAAUCGUUGCUCAAGCUCUUUAUGUCAAUCCACUGUAUAAUCCAUUCACAUUUGAAAACGAUGUUGCUGUCAUCAGACUUAGCGCAUCCUUCAUCUUCCCAGAAAUUGCUAAUCCACAAUUAGCACCAGGAAUCAUUAGCAAUAGAAUUGCACAUGAUACAUUAAAUUGUAAUAUUGCUGCCUGGAACCGAAACAAUAACCAACAACAAACUUUAGUUCUUCCAAUCCUGAACCGUGACCAAUGCAAUGAACUUCCUGUUAAUUUUGGCAACAUCAGAGAAACAUCUUUCUGUGCUGGAACAGUCACAUCUGGAUCAGGUGUAUGUAAUCAUAAUAUUGGUGCCAUUUUGUACUGUAAUGGAAUGAUUGAAGGAAUCUUAAAUGGAGGUUAUGGUUGCGGUGCUGCAAACAAUCCAGGUAUUUACGUAUCAGCAAGACAUCACAAUGCAUGGAUUCAAGAUCAGAUUAGACGUCAAGAUAUUCCAGUCGGUAACACUUUCCCAUUGGAGAGACUUCCUUAAACUUAUUUAAAGGUUUAAAUAUGAAUUUUUUUAAAAAAAUAUUUUGA